CUUGCACCAGUUCGUGUAUCAUCUCCUGCCCCAACACCAAGCAAGAAGGCUGCUGCAGCCCUAGCCAAUAUCUCACUAGACUCGCCAACCAAGCCAUCAGCAGAUGACGAGGAUACCCUUCCUGUUUUGAUCGAUGACCGCAAGCGUUCAGUCUCACCGGACUCUCAAGACGCCGAGGACGAGCUUGAAGAACUUCGCAAGAAGUUUGUUGGCGAAAUUGACCUACCUGAAAGCGAAGAGCCUCUGCUCAAAGAGUCCAAGCGUCGUUUCGUUCUUUUCCCCAUUCAAUACCAUGAGAUAUGGCAAAUGUACAAGAAAGCCGAGGCAUCAUUUUGGACUGCCGAGGAAAUGGACCUCUCAAAAGAUAUCCAUGACUGGACGAACCGUCUUAAUGACAACGAACGUCACUUUGUUUCACACGUCCUCGCCUUCUUCGCUGCGUCCGACGGCAUUGUUAAUGAAAAUCUCAUCGAACGUUUCUCCAAUGAGGUCCAGGCUGCUGAGGCCCGGUGCUUCUACGGCUUCCAAAUU